UGUUGUGUCACCUUGACGGUUGUUGUUUAUUUGGCAAACUGUGGCUUGAAGUAAUGGGCAAGCGCAGCCAGUCCUUUGCUCUUCCUGGCCUCUUCACACCCUUACUUAAAUCAUUUGUUCUUCCUGGUCUCAAGUAUCUUUCCUUGCCUGAGGUUUGGAAUAAAGAACCUCUAAUGACCUUCACCUCCUUCUCUUGCCUUCUUUCUUAGACCUUUAUCUUGCCUUUCUUUCAGGAGCGCAAGGUGGCAUACAUAGAAGAAGCUCCUCUGGUUUUCCCCCAAACAACAACCCUGUGAGCAACAUUUGAUGGGUCAGAAACCUGGACAUCCAAAGGAAAUCAGAUAUCUCAGACUGGAUGAUCGUCAGCCUUUGGCACCGGAGGGCAAGGAGGAAAGCAACAAGGAUUUGCAAAAGAUUAGCAAGCAACUCGAAGAAAUCUUUGGAAUGGCAGACUUAAGAAAUGGUGCUGUUGGCUUAUACAACAUUGGAUUGAGCUGCUGCGUCAACGCAUUGCUUCAAAGCUUGUUAAUGAACCGAUACUUCACUACAAUUCUCCGGAGGACCAAAGUACCAUUUGGAGCAGCAGAGCAGAAGGCCAGUGUCCCUUACCAAAUGCUUCUGCUGCUAGAAGAGAUGCAGCGGGCCAAGGGGAAGUCUGUGUACCCUCUGGAUCUUAUCUCCUGCCUUCGUCAUCAUGGUAUCAGAUUGUUUGUUCUCCAUGAUGCUUCAGAACUCUAUUGCAAACUCUGGAGCCUAAUUAAAGGCCAAAUCACAAACGUGGAUCUGGUUGAACGUCUGACUCUUCUGUAUACCAUCCGUCUGCAAGAGCUCCUGGUGUGUCAGAAGUGUUUCCAUGAAACAAAGAGAGAGAGUAACCACCUAAUGCUUCAUCUUCCACUGCUUGAUUCUGAUUCUCAUCUGGUUAAGACCCUGGUAAAUUCACUCCACUGUUUUUUCAGGCCGGUGCAAUUAACCGAAGAAAGCAUGUGUCACUGUGAGCAGUGUGACAAGAAAACAACAUACCUGCGGGGGAUGAAAAUAAUGCAUUUGCCACAAAUGUUGACACUGCACCUCAUUCGCUUCUGUCCCAAAGAAGGCAACAGAAUUAAGAAAAUCAGAGAUAGCUUGGCCUUCCCACAAACGCUAGACUUCAGCCAGAUCCUGACAAUGGAACAGUAUCAUCCAGAUGCCAAAAAGAAGGGUGAUGGAUUGUAUGAUCUCUUUGCGGUUGUCGCACACUCCGGACCUGCUGAUUUUGGUCAUUAUUGUGCCUAUGUCUGGAGUCUCACCGAACACAAAUGGUUUUGCUUCAACGAUUCCAGUGUUUGUCAGGUAUCCUGGGAUGAUGUCAAAUGUACUUAUGGAAGAGCAUCUCUCUGUUGGGGUGAAACAGCUUACCUCUUGGUUUACAUGAGAAGGAAUGGCAGGUCAAUAUGAAUGGAAAUGAACAUCCACAGUAACUGAGGAAAGCCCCAGUUCACAUGUCCCAAAUAAACAGAAUCCAGCGAGAUGACCCAGUGUCCAUCAGCAUCAGUGCAUGAGAAUGCACAUGAGAAAUGUGCAUUUCAAAAGGAGAAUUGGAAAUGUAGUUGGUGCUUUGAGCUGCCCGGAAAAUGAGGUCAUAAGCAAAAGAAUGAAUUUCUUCCCAAACAGCCCUGGAAAGCUGCCCAUAUCUGCUUCUUGGGGGUCUUCUUUCUAGAGUAACCACAAUUUAUCAAGUAGCAUAGGAGUAAAAUUAGUAUUUCUGCUUGAGAGUAACACAUGCAUCUGUUGAAAAUGAAAUUAUAUACUUGAAAUUGUAUUGUCUGAGUAACCUGAGUAAUUUUCCUUCUCUUUAAGAGGACAUGAUUUUAUACUGCAGCUAACCAUCAUCAUUUCUCUCUCCUACAAAGAGUCAUAGGAAUUGUAAGAUGCUGCAUAUUUUACAAAGAGACUCUUACAUCUGCUUAUAUUCUGACUACAUUGUAAAAUAGAAGAAUGCUUGGAGUGUAUAUUUCACAGACCCAAGAGUUUGCAAUCUAUUCUACAUUUGAAUAUCAGUCAUACCGUAUAAUGAGGCCUUCUCUGUUCAUGUGAUAACUCUGGUGCUUUAAUUUAUGGGGGAUGAUGCAAUUUUAUUAUAGCUACUCAUAUGCCAGAAAUUCCUUGGAAUGGGCAAGUGAGUGAAAUGACUCUCAAGGUAUGCUCUCUUUUGAAAAUGAAUAGUUACUUGAUCUACCCCCUUAGGUUUCCUGGGCAUGUUCAUAAGACUUGAGAGAUGA